AUGGCAAACCACGGCAAUAUUCGUAUACUUUGUGUAUUAGUUCUUUCAUGCUCCAUUGCAUUAGCUUUUGAACCUAGCCCUUUACAGGAUUUCUGCAUCGCUGAUAAAUCCUCAUAUGCAGCACUCGGGAAUGGUAUGGUAUGUAAAGACCCAAAGCUUGCUGAAGCCAGUGAUUUCUUCUUCACCGGACUCCAUGUACCAGGAAAUACGUCAAACACUCAAGUAUCGAAGGUUACUCCAGUCAAUGUAGCUCAGAUUCCAGGACUAAACACUUUAGGAAUCUCCUUGGUACGCAUUGACUACGCUCCAUGGGGUAUGAACCCUCCACAUACUCAUCCAAGAGCUACUGAGAUAUUGACAGUCUUGGAAGGCACUCUUGAAGUUGGCUUUAUCACAUCCAAUCCUGACAACAUUCUAAUCAAAAAAGUCCUUCAAAAGGGAGACGUGUUUGUAUUCCCUAUAGGGCUCAUUCACUACCAACGCAAUAUCGGAUAUGUCAAUGCAUUUGCAAUUGCAGCCUUGAGCAGCCAAAAUCCUGGUGCAAUAACUAUAGCCAAUGCUGUUUUUGGAUCAAAUCCGGCCAUUAGCAGUGAAGUGCUUACAAAGGCCUUCCAAUUGGACAAGAGCACUGUUGCUCUCAUCCAAGCAAAAUUCUGA